AACAAAAUAAAAGUAAUUUUCCUAAAAAUUUUACAAUUUAAGGAGCCAUGUCCCUAACGCCCUUUAUCCGUUUGCCGUUAACCGAUUUAACUGGCUGUCUGAUCAAUCAUCAGACCUACGACAAAUGCGGCCAAUUCGAAAUGAAAAUGAUGGACUGCCUGGAGGCUUAUGGUCUGGAGCGUGGUAAACAGAAGUGUGCCGAUCUUAUUGGUGAUUUCCAGGAGUGUGUUGGCAUGCAGAAGCAACUAUUACGUUUUCAUGCCAUGCGAAAUGAGCGCUACAAGCAAUGGCUGAUGGGAGAACGCAAGAAGGAUGAACUUUUUGCUGAGCCUCCCCGUGUGGAUGCCUACUAGAAGCAUAAUGUCAUUUAAAUGUAAUAGCCCAAAAAAUUUGUUUAAACAUUAAAACAUAAAUUUCUUCAA